UAUUUCCGCGGUUGGACUCAAUUGUUCACCUGCUUAAAUCGAAGGGUGUUCAGUGGGUUAAGUUCGUUCACGCAUCACUGAACGAAACAAAUGAAUGAAUUAUAAAUUGAUUUUGAAAAAUAUGCUAAAAAUUCAAACAGUUCGAGCGUUCGGAGCAAUGCGUGUUGCAUUUUAACUAAAUAUAGUACAACCACCACCAGAAAACUAGCAUUUGAAGCUGUAAUGGUUUUUUUCUAAACUACUGAGAACAAAUUCUUCCAGCAGCACUUAUUAGUUAAGUCUGGUGACAGGCGCAAAAGGCGACGUCUACCAAUCACAUCACAACAAGUCAUGCCACGGGGUAAGCGUCGAGCUCCAGAAAUAGGCGAGACCAUGGAUAGUCAAUCAAAAAGAGCCCGAACUAGCUAUACCAGCAUACCGACGCAGCACGGCAGGCGGCAUAUCAGAGCUGAAGACGGCUUCAGUCAUAAACGAUGUCUGACAUGGUUCCAGGAAUACACAACUCCCGACGAGCCAGAGACACUGGGUCCGGACGGUAUGGAAAAGUUUUGCGAAGAUAUCGGAGUGGAGCCCGAAAAUAUUGUGAUGCUGGUCCUCGCCUACAAAAUGGGUGCCACCCAGAUGGGCUUCUUCAGUAAGAAGGAAUGGGUGAAGGGCCUCACAGAGCUCGAGUGCGACUCAACAAUUAAAAUGGUUGUGAAACUGGACUAUCUGCGUAGCAUACUCAACGAUGCCAACUCCUUCAAGAGCAUUUACAGAUAUGCCUAUGAUUUCGCCAAGGACUCGGAUCAAAGGAGCAUGGACAUCAUCACAGCCAAGGCUAUGUUGUCGUUGCUUCUGGGCAAGCAUUGGCCACUCUAUCCGCAGUUCGCACAGUUUCUAGAGCAAUCAAAGUACAAGGUGAUCAACAAGGAUCAGUGGUGUAACAUAUUAGAGUUCUCGCGCACAAUCUGCAUGGACUUGUCAAACUACGACAUUGACGGCGCCUGGCCUGUUAUGCUGGAUGAGUUCGUGGAGUGGAUGCGUAUGCAACGGAACCAGGUCUCCAGCUCGGUAUCCAGCUGAGAGAUGCUUUAUCAAUUCGCCUAUUUCUAGUUCAACUGCUGGAUAUCAGUGUGGAAGGGAGGAGGAGUGAGGAGUUCAUCCAAUACAAGAUCGGCGGAGCUAAGACACCGCACCCUGCAUCCCAUACCCUGUAUCCCUUUCUCCCUGCAUCCCUGCACCCCUCCAUUCACGCACUCAAAACGACACUCACUCGCAGAGAUACACACACACAAACACAAGGCAUUUGGAGAGACUGCGUACACUGGCAAAGCAAACCAACUAUGAAACUACACUAUUGAUAUAAUAUAUUUAAUGUAAUAAUUUAUGUAUUAACGCCUACUAAAAACUAAAACCGAAACUUUUCUACUUUUAAGGAGUCAUUGAGAAUACAAGAAAGAACAGCAGAAAAAGCCAAAUUGGGGGCGCAGAAACCCAAAAAAAA